AUGCCUACCGCAAAGAAAAUGUUGCUGCCAUUUUGUGCAGUUCUGUCUCAGACCAAAGUGGAGUUCUUCUCAUCGGUGCAUCAGAUGUCCAAAUUGGUGGAGUUUGAAGAGGUCCUUUUGCGACAUAUGGAGAAAUUCAUAAAAGCGAAUGAAAACAAAUUGGAAUACCUAAAGACUCGCUUGGCAGAAUUGGAAAGCGAUCACCAUGAAGCGCUUCAGGAGGGUCCUGAUUACUUCGAGAGCCCAAUAAAUAAUUAUUUGCUAACUAAGCAUUUAACAAUGGACUGGGAGCGUGUUGAAAAUCUAAUGGAAUAUGAAUCAGGAAAAAAAUCACUUAUCAGAAUGGAACGCUUCAAGAAACACCAGGCAUACCCCGAAAUUAGGGAAUUAGAUGGCGCCAUUGCAGGACUCGUGCGCAUACAGGACGUCUACCGGCUCAAGACAGCGGACAUGGCUCGAGGCAUACUGGACGGUGUUGAGUAUAACGUCGAAUUGAAUGCUCAACUAUGUUUUGAUGUCGCUAAAUAUGCUGCCAAGAAAAAUAAAACGCGACUUGCCCACGCUUGGGCCACGGAAACGCUGCAACGCUUAGACAACACUGAAAGCUCCUUCGGUCAUUCACUGCCUCUAGCAGAGAAAAUAGAUAAGGCUGAAGUAUUGCUUUCACUGGCCAAAUCUAAGAUGAAUUUAGGCGAUUUAAAGGGGGCAAAUGAAACUUAUGCUGAGCUGGUGAAAGAGCGGCCGGAUGUCGAGAACUACACAAAUACUUACUUGGAUUUUCAGUUGCAAAAUUUCGAAAGUGAUUACGCGAGUCUCAACCUAACGGCAGAGCAUGAUCCAAUACCCGAGAACCUAUACAAUUCUGACCAGCAUAACCUUUACAAAUAUGUAUGCAAUGGCUUAUUUAAACAAACUCCGCGCGAAGAACGUGAACUGCGUUGUGGGUAUCUUAUCGAGACGCAUGCAUACUUACUGAUUGCGCCCAUAAAAGUCGAGGAAUUAAAUCAUGAUCCCUUGCUUGUCGUCUACUAUGAUAUCCUUUCAGAUGCUGAAAUUGCGAUAAUGAAAAUGAUAGCCAAUAAUCGUAUUGAGCGUGCAAAGGUAAUAGGUGCUGAUGAGCCCAUUAUCUCACCUGUGCGCACAAGCCAAUUCUCAUUCAUACCGAAAACUGCGCAUAAGGUACUGCAGGCGAUUGAUGUGCGCGCGGAGGAUAUGACUAAUUUAAAUAUGAACUUUGCUGAGAAUCACCAAUUUCAGAAUUAUGGCAUCGGUGGACAUUAUGCGCAACACUAUGAUUGGUUUACGAAGAAGACUAACAAAACGAUCUCAAAUAUAGAAAUGGGAAAUCGAAUCGCAACGGUUCUAUUUUAUUUAACAGAUGUUGAGCAAGGUGGUGGUACUGCCUUCCCUUACCUCAAGCGCCUGUUGAAGCCAAAGAAGGGCGCCGCUGCAUUCUGGUACAAUCUGCAUGCGAAUGGUGAGCGCGAUUAUCGCACUCUACAUGGCGGUUGUCCGAUAAUAGUGGGCUCCAAGUGGGUACUCAAUCGUUGGAUUCGGGAACAUGAUCAGAGUGAUCGUAGGCCUUGCGAUUUGUGA